CAUAUCUACCAAAGCCUGGAGCCUUAUGGUAUAUCUGCAGAGGGCAGGACCUUCCUUAACUUUAGCGUGAAGGGAUGCGAUGAUGCGCAUAUUGCGGUUUUCCAAAAGAACCUUGACUUUAGCGAGAUGGUGGAAUUUGUCAUAGGGGCGGUAUCAAACUCUCGUUACGAUAUCAGAGAAUACAGGAAGUACAGGGUGCGGUACCGGGUCAUGGAACCCGGAGUCCUAUUGAACUGUAAAGUAUUUAAACCAUUUUGGGUGUCCUGGGGACUCAAUACAGCAGGUUACAGAAGCUGGUUGUUAGGUGUGGGUAGAGAUGUCUUCUAUAAUGUCAUUGGGAAUUUCACAGACACGCAGAUCGACAAUGCCACGUGGACUGCCAUUGGAAUAUCGUCUUACGUCCAACAUGCACUGCAGUGGGAAUUUGAUAUAGAAAAUGAUACCACGACUCUGGCAGAAUCAAUCCCAAAAACCGACACCACGACUCUGACAGAAUCAUUUCCAGAAAAUGAUACCACGACUCUGACAGAAUUGGCAACAGUUCCAGCAACAGUGCUGACAACCUCAGUUCAACUGAAUGUGGCACCAAACGUAACUCAUUCCCAGCUUUUGCAUUCCGGGGCAACCACUGGUUUUUCGCCCCCACCGACAUGCAACUCCAACGCCAACGAAAUUUGUUUCUGCAAGACAUUGACAACUCCAAAUGAAGAGGAACUGCUGGAGUUGGUCAAAAACAUUACCAAUUCAUUGAAAAUAAGCAAAAAGGAAACCAAUUCCUACAAAAGGUCCCUUAUAUCUAUGAAGGAUGAUCGACAAUCUGCACAAACGCUUGGUCACGUGGGGGUACUCGUUAUCGUAAUAGUUUUCGGGGGAAUGUGUGCUGUGGAUCUCCCGCGAUUUCUGAAGUUUGUAAAGAAGUUUACCAUUAGGAGUGUGUGGAAUGCCUAGAUCAAUAUUAGUAGUGCUCGUUUGAUUGACAUAUCGCUAACGACAACAAAUAAUUGGCAUGUGUUUUGGUACACGUUCUUGGAGUUGAAACGUUUUAAAAACGAAGCUGUAGUUCAUGGUACGUGUUCAAUGAAUUUGUCUGAUGGAAUGAUUUACUUUUACCUUUGGUUUAAUAUAUGCAACAGUACAUUAGCUUUCAUGCAAGAGUCACAUAUUACCCUGUGAAAUAUAGAUUAAUACUUCAUGAAAUGUCCAGAAUCUGAAAUAAAAUUGCUCUCUUGGUAGUCAACUUUCAGCAUUUUAACCACUUUAUUGACCUAGGGGUAGGAUAGCCACGUAUUGGGAUUAGACAAGGAAAGGUUUGCCUGAUUCUAGAUUGAAGCUGCGGAGUUAUUCCUUUCUACAGACAACACAGCAAGAAAUCUUUGCUGCUUCAUUGUUCAUAAUU